UUCUAUGUGUUCUACAUGACUUCUCGAAGCACAAAAUAAGUAACAGAGAGAAAGAAAGAAAGAAAGAAAGAAAAAAGAGAGAGAGAAGGGGAGAGAGAGCGAGAGAAGCAAACUAUCAGAUGAGAUAAUCUCAGCUUCAGUCAAACUUCAAGCUUCACUCCUCUCUCAUUCACACUUACAUAUAUGGCGCUUUCCUUUCCAUUUUUGUUGUGUUUUAUCAUUUCGACUACACUUUGUAUUAGACACAUCUUUUCGUAAUAUUUAUGGUGUCUGGGAGCCGACGAUCAUUUCUAAUUCUUCCUUAUACUGGUCUCUCUCUCAAGAACAACGAUGUUGUUAGCUAUGAUGAUACUGAUGAUGGCUUCUGACACUUUCGCCAUUUUUGAGAUUGUGCAUAUGUCACCUCCUGAUAUUAUUGAUUAUGGAUACACUUCUACAUUAGUAAUAAUAUGUCGGUAUAAUGUGAAACAUUUUGAUGAGUUUCUUCUCAUGCAAAACGACAACCAUGCCGUUCUCAGACUUAAAUAUUACUCGCAUGAAAAUUACUUUUAUAAAGAUAUCCAGCGGGAUGGUUUCGACUGCACUCCAAUUAAAGGUUAUAAAGGGCAGAUUACCUGUUGGAAAUUUAAUCCCACAUGCAAGGAUGCGGCAAACUAUACAUGUAGGUCGGCUACCGAAACUUCAAAACCGAAGACUUUAAAAGCGAGAUCUUUCAUGAAAAGUCUGGACAUUGUUAACCCACCUAUUGAAGUAGACAAGACACUGGUCUUCAGAUGUGCAGCAUAUGUCACUGAACUUUAUGGUUAUAGUAACUUUCUAUGGUUUGAAAGAAAACUUCGUGAUACUCGUAUACAUAUGAAUACAGUAGAAGCUCAACGUCAUUUCGAGUGUUUAAUUCCAGUAGUGUCAUUUCAUAGGUACACUGUAAAACACAAGGACGUCGGUUUCACAAACAUCACAUGUUUUCUGAACGGUGAAACACUCACUAAACUACUCAUCAAACAGGCAGGAAGCGAGCAGAAACCACUCGGACAAACAAAUAAUGCAGAAAAAUUGUACAGUGCAAAUAUUAUUACUAAGAUUUUAACAUUUGCAACAUACAUGCUUUUUAUUAGCAAUUUGCGUUAAGGAUCUCGAAAAAUAAGCAACAGAAUCCACCUGGUUACUAACCGGUGAGCUCCUUCGGCUAAACUUACAAGUCGCAGUCAAAUAACAUUUUUCCGGAAAUAAAUAUUUGAUUCAACACCAC